GAAUUGUUUUUAUUAUUUAUUUUGCUUUUCUGUGAAUACAAUAUCAAUUCUCUUGAGCCUCGUAAAGAUUUUAGACUUGUAUAAAUAGCACGUGUCUUGUUGCCGAUGCUUAUCUUUUAAAAACUUUUCAGCGAAACAUGGUAAUUCUUUUAUUUGUUGGCCGUUUAAUGGGUUAGAAUAAUAAGAGUUAUCGUAAACAAGAAUUAUUGUAAAAUUAGAUAAUUACUGCCAAAUAAAAAUUAUUAUAGGACAAUAUAAUAAUUACACAGCUUGUAAAAUUUCCUUAAAAUAUAUCGCGUGGAUUUGAUAAUGUUCGUAAAAGAUAGAGUCUCUUAUUGCGCAUGUCUCGUCAGUCACUAUAGCUACCGAAUACAAACGCUGCCGCGUCGAAGAUCUCACAGCCGGGCUGUCACAUAAUUGUCACGAACGAUCAGCGGUAUCUCGACGGCAUGGCGACGGGUAACAUAGACGUGAUUUUGAGCCAGCUGGGAUGGCAGGACGGCUUCCGAAUUCCCGUGGCUAACGAGGAGAAUAAACGCCUGGAGGAAGAAAUUGCUAGAAAGACGAAGCACAAGGUCUCGUUAAGUGCAAAGUUGGAGAAUCUCGAAGAACGGCUGAAGAUGAUCCUGAAGCACGCCGGCGAUCUGACCGCGCGUCGUGAAUUCAAUCAUAAGCUGCUCGCUGAGCAUUCGGUCCAGUUGGAGACAGAGGAUCACCUGUAUCGAUUGACUGGCAACGCCGAAUCGUCGCUACGCCAAGAGACGCGCGAAUUCGAGAAGGAAUGGACGGAUGUGAAUCGCAGGGUAGCAAGCGUGGAGAAGGAGCUGGUUAGAAUGACGAGAAAAUUGGACGAGGCGAAACAGAUGGUCCAGUUCGACGAGGAUAGUUUACGCAAGUGGGAAGAGAUGCUCGCGCGGAAGGACGAGGAUAAUCAAUUGAUAGAGGAUUACAUGAAGCAGGAUACGCAAAAAUACAAAGAAUUGGAGCAGAAACGGCAAAAACUCAGGAUGGAACUAGAGAUUUAUCGUCAAGCUAUUGUUAAAACUGUCGACGAGGUACAAGAGAUGGAGAUUGUUCUGGACCGCACAGCGAAACUGUAUAUGGAAGCGUUGAAAGAACGCAGACAAAUGAUAAAUCAAUGGACGCAAAGCGUCAACGUUUUGCGCCAGAGGGACAACGAUAUACAGAACAGUCUGAAAGAACUCGAAACGUUGCGAGAGAUCGACAGGGAGAAAAAGAACAAUCUCGAAGAAGUAGAGCAGUUUUUAAAGGAUCAAAUUGUAAACAACAAGCAGCUAGAACAGUUGAUUAAACAUUCGGAGAAGGAACUUGGUGUAGUCCAAGAAAAACAGCGCAAAAUCACAGAGACGAUUGAUAUCUAUAGCAUCGAGCUUCAAACUCAGAAGAAGUUAGUGGCGGAUUUGGCACGUCGCGUACAGCAAAUCCGAGCCAACGUAAAGCGCAAAAGGAUCGAGAUCGAGAACAAGCAUAUAAAGGUGGACGAUUGCAAGAAGCGAAUCAAUGAUUUAAUGUCGACUUUGGAGGAGCUUGAGAGUCAAAAGUUAAACGUCGAGGAGAGGACGAAGCGUUUGGAGAAAAUGAUCGAGCACGACGAGAAACGAAAAUCCGUGAUCGUCAAAGAAUUGAGUCGACUGCAAGCCACGACUUUACGUACAAUGAAGAGGAUUGUAGAAUUGGAGAGCGAAAGAAAGACUCUGCAGAUGGAAAUGCAGGGCGAGCACAAGAAGGUUGAUCUGCUCGAUGCCUUGCUCGCGAAGGAGAACAAAUUUCUGGGAGAGAAGAAGGAGACUCUUUAUCAAGAGGACUUCAAUCUGCAAAAAUGCGAGAUGAAGCUCGAACGUCUUAGAGGGUACGAGCGCGACAAGAGCGAAGUCGAAAGGAAGCAGGCGAGAAUCGAGGAGCUGCAGGCUGUACUGAAAGAGAAAACGGCCACAUCUAAAUUGCUGCAAAAUCAGAUUCUCAGUUUGGAGCACGAUAUGAAAAAACUAUCUAGUUGCUUGUCGAGCGAAAACGAGGAACUCGAACGGUUACGGAGCAAAAAGCAGGAUUUGUUGUUGCUGCUAGAUGGGGGCGAGAAGCGACUGAAAAUCGCGCAAUCCCGGAACGAGGAGAGGCAAGUGGAAGAGAAUAUGAUGCGCCUUCGGGUGUCGCAGCUCGAGCGAAUGACAUCGAACAUGAGCGAUAAAGUCUACGAUUUGGAGAAGUAUCGUCUUCACCUCGAAGCUGCGCUUAAGGAGCGCGCAACCGAGAUCGCGGCGCAGAAAGAGGCGUUGGCCGUGCAGAAGAGGGUCGCCGGCAACGAGUGCUCGGAGCUGCGCAUCGCUAUUGCCGAGAGGAGAGGCAGGAUACGGCAGCUGCAGGCGCGAUACGACUGCGGCCUCGUGACGAUGGGUGAUACCCCGGACGGGGCGCCGAUAAGCACCGCGUACUUAAAGAUACAGAGCGCUCAAGAGCGGUACAUGCUGCGGGAACAGGGCGACAAGCUGGACGAAGCGAUCCAACGAACCGAGCAGGAGAUACGUAGCAUGGAGAACACGCUGCGGGUGGUGAACGUAUGUAACGACAAGUACAGGGACAGUAUAAGCGCGGUUGACCAGGACGCACCCGAGUGGACGGAACAGAGGCGGCUCGACGAGCUGAUGCACAACGCGCGACAGAAGCUAAUGCAAAAGCAGACGCAGCUGCAACGAUUGUUCGAUGAACUGCAGAAAGCGCAGAAUAAUCAUACUCAAAUGCUCGAAGAUAUCGAGAAAGCAAAGGAGGACAAGGAAGAUAAGGAACGUUAUUUAUCGGGUAUCGAGAAACAGACGGCAGAGCAAGGAGAGAAGAUUUCCAGAGCCGACAAGAGCCUUCGUAAGGCACAGAAGGAUAUACAAAAUCUAUAUAUCUCUAAAAGGGACGACACCGUGCUUCUGCAACAGAGAGAAGUGGAACUGCGAGAGCUUCAAGAACAGAACGCCCUGGUUCUUCAGGAUAUCGCGGAGUUCACGAUUCGUCACGUGGAAGCCGAAGCGUAUGUCAAGAAAUUGUUGAUGGCGAAGAACGUCGAGUUACCGUCUUUUCCCCCGUCGCUUAGAUCGCCUCUUAGCCCUUGCGGUAGUUCCGUAGGCUCGAUAGAUCAGCCUUUGAAGAGCACGAGCCGCAUGAGCGUCUUCACGUCGUCGAGGGAGAGCAUCGGCAGCGUAGUUAAGAUAGAGCCGCAAUUUGACGAACCAACGUGUAGUGCAUCGAGGAAAACUGCAAAGCGUGAUACCCCAUCCAAAGAAUCUCUUUUAUCAAAGCGAUCCGCUAUUGUACACAAAAAGCAACAAUCACGGAAAAAAUCGUGAUAAUAAUUUCGAUAGCCUAAUAAUUAGAAUAAAUUAAAAAUAAACGUAAAAUGGCUCCAAUGAAUAAUUAAUCAAAAAUAUAUAAGUGCGAGUCUCCGCCGUUGUUAGUGCAUAUAUAAAAUAAGUACAGUCGUAUGAAUAGUAUAUUGAAACAAAAAAUACAAACGUUUCGAUCCCAAUCUGGAUUCUUUUUAAUGUAACAGAAUUGCUAAAUUAUAAUGAGCGUUUCGAAUGGACUUGGCUGUGUGAUCUCUCUUCAUGAUUCUCGUCAGUUACAUACGUCAUAUAUGUUUAAAAAUUUUACGUUCGACAAAGAACAAAGAGAGACGCGUCAUCAAAAUUAAAUAAUAAACGGAUAAAACUUGUACGAUGAUACUGAUUCAUGCGGCGGAGGCUCGCAUAGGCACUUAUAUAUCUUUACUAAAAUUAGAAUUGCAGCAUGCUUCAUCCUGAUCGCCAAGGCCGUUUUUUUAUUUUUCAUCUAUUUACAAUUGAAAAAAAAUCAACAUGUAUGAUAAUGUACAAUCUUAUCAAGUAAUGUUAUGUAUUAUCGCACCAAAUAGUGGAUACGCGUGCACAUAAAAGUUCUCAAAGGUCAA